AUGAUCAUUUUUUUUCCCUUAAUUAAAAAGCUUUUGUUGAUAUUGGGAACUUUACCAAUAAGUAUUGCUUCAGCGGAACAUAGCUUUUCAACACUGCGCAGAUUGAAAACUUGGCUGAGAAACCAAAUGAGUCAAGCACAUUUAACUGGUUUGGCACUUAUGAAUAUUCAUAGCAAUGUGCCUUUAGAUAUUGAUAGUAUAAUUAAUCGCUUUGCUAAAUCUAAAUACAGAACCGAUUUUAUUCUUUGAUUUGUACAUUUUUUUUGU